CGCGCGCCCUCAGUUCCCGGUCCUGGCCCCGGGGCCUCUGCGGGCGGGUGCGCCGCGGGGGGCGGGAUGGAGAGACGCCCCAGGCCCUUGGGUCCCAGUCCUUCUCGCGGAGGGAAGGCCCCCACGGCCCGCGGCCCGCCCGCUCGGGAUGGCCCCGCCUCCUGCAGCGUGGCCCCGCCCGGGAUCCACCCCCUCAACCCGCGCCUCUCCCCCACGUCGGAAGGCGCCGCGCGUGCGCGCGCGGGUGCGGGCCGGGGUCACGCGCGGCGUCUCUGUGCGCGCGCACGGGGGGCGGAGGCCGCUGCUGAGGAGGAGGAGGAGGAGAAGAGGGAGGAGGAGGGGGGGGGAGGAAGGCCGCUAACCUUCGGACCUGAGAGAGGACUGGGAGGACACAGAGAAGACUCGGGUCCUGCGAGGCCGCGGGGCGCGGGCGCAGAUGAGCCUCGUGGGCGGCUCCGCCAGCUCCGCAGCCGCCGCCGCAGCCUCCUCGGCCGCCUCUGUGCCUUUGCCCAGCCGCUUCCUGACGCUCGCGGGCCCCUGAGCGCGGGGGCCCGGACUCCAGCCCCCCGUGCCGGGCCAUGCCCGCGGGCUCUGCAGCCCCCAUGUCAUCAUGAUGAAAACGGAGCCCACGGGGGAGCGGAGCACCCUGCGGAGCGCCUCCCCACACCGGAAUGCCUACCGCACGGAAUUCCAGGCGCUCAAGAGCGCCUUUGACAAGCCCAAGGCCGAGGGGGACCCCAAGGCCAAAGAGGGCGAGGGCUCCCAGCAGAGCAGGGGCCGCAAAUAUGGCUCCAACGUCAACAGGAUCAAGAACCUCUUCAUGCAGAUGGGCAUGGAGCCCAGCGAGAGCGGGGCCGCCCCCCCCAAAGCCCGGCCCAAGGGGGGGCCCCCCUCCCCGCCCCGGCUGCUGGAGAAGGCGGACGGCUGCGUGCUGAAGCUGGAGUCGUCCGUGUCGGAGCGCAUCAGCAGGUUCGACACGCUGCACGAUGGCCCGUCCUAUUCCAAGUUCUCCGAGACCCGGCGCAUGUUCGAGAGGAACAGCCGGCGCUCCCCUCAGUCCGAGCGGCCGGGGGCCGAGGCGCCCGACGACUGGCCCGCCGCCAAGUCCAACCGGGGCAGCACGGACUCCCUGGACAGCCUCAGCUCCCGGCCCGAGGCUGUCUCCCCCACCGUCAGCCAGCUCAGCGCGGUGUUUGAGAACUCGGACACGCUCAGCGAGAACCAAGAAGAGGACUCGGGGCCGGGAGCGGAGGUGCCCAGCCCCCUCAAGGAGCCCGACUCUUGGGGUCCUCCAGACCCCCGGGGGCCCGAGGCUGCAGGCGAGGCACCGGACGGCCCGGGCCGGGGAGCCGAGGAAGCGGCCACUCUCCACCAAGAGAGGGGCCCCGGAAAGUCGGCCGGGCCCGACGAUGUGGCCAAAGCGGCAUCCGAGGAGCUGCCUGCUCUCCAGCCCCCCUCUGCUGAGCCCGAGGCCCCAAAAGCCCUCGGGGACCGCCUGGUAGGGGAUGUCCCUGGCAAAGAGGGGGUCCCUGAAGAAGGGAAUGCGGCCCAGAGCUCCCACGUCUACAUGCACACGGACUACAAUGUCUACCGGGUGCGCUCCAGGUAUAACUCAGACUGGGGGGAGGCGGGCACGGAGCCCGAGGACCAGGAGGACAGCGACGAGAACCUGGACUAUCAGCCCAGCAGGGACUACCUGGAGAUCAGCGGCCUGCCUGAGGAGGACGACGUCCCGGCCAACCGCAAGAUCAAGUUCAGCCGGGCACCCAUCAAGGUUUUCCACACUUACUCCAAUGAAGAUUACGACCGGAGGAAUGAUGACGUGGACCCCGUGGCGGCGUCAGCAGAGUAUGAGCUGGAAAAGCGAGUGGAGAAACUGGACCUCUUCCCAGUGGAGCUGGAGAAAGAUGAGGACGGCCUGGGCAUCAGCAUCAUUGGCAUGGGUGUGGGCGCCGACGCAGGGCUGGAGAAGCUGGGGAUCUUUGUGAAAACGGUGACGGACGGUGGGGCGGCUCAGCUGGAUGGUCGGAUCCAGGUCAAUGACCAGAUCGUGGAGGUGGACGGCAUCAGCCUGGUGGGGGUCACCCAGAACUUCGCCGCCACGGUGCUCCGGAACACCAAGGGCACCGUCAGGUUUGUGAUUGGGCGGGAAAAGCCGGGACAAGUGAGUGAGGUGGCUCAGCUGAUCAGCCAGACCCUGGAGCAGGAGAGACGCCAGCGGGAGCUCCUGGGCGCAUUAUGGGGAAGCUCCUUUGCCAUUUGUCUGGUCUCCCUUCAGACAGGGGAGUACGCCACGGAUGAGGAGGAUGAGGAAGUGGGGCCUUCGCUGCCCAGCAGGGACCUGGCCAUUGAAGUGUUCGAGCUGCCGGAGAACGAGGACGUGUUCUCCCCAUCGGAGCUGGACACUGGGAAGCUCAGUCACAAAUUCAAAGAACUGCAGAUCAAACAUGCCGUCACAGAAGCCGAGAUCCAGAAGCUGAAGAACAAGCUCCAGGCCGCAGAGAACGAGAAGGUGCAGUGGGAGCUGGAGAAGAGCCGGCUGCAGCAGAACAUCGAGGAGAACAAGGAGCGCAUGCUGAAGCUGGAGAGCUACUGGAUCGAGGCCCAGAGCCUGUGCCACACGGUGAACGAGCACCUCAAGGAGACGCAGAGUCAGUACCAGGCCCUGGAGAAGAAGUACAACAAGGCCAAGAAGCUCAUCAAGGACUUCCAGCAAAAAGAGCUCGACUUCAUCCGGAGGCAGGAAGCCGAGAGGAAGAAGCUCGAGGAGCUGGAGAAGGUGCAUCUGGUGGAGGUCCAAGGCCUGCAGGCCCGGAUCCAGGAGCUGGAGGCCGAGGUCUUCCGGCUGAUGAAGCAGAACGGCACCCAGGUCAACAACAACAACAACAUCUUCGAACGGAGCACAGGCCUGGCCGAUGUCCCCAAGGGCGAGGCCGUGGGGACCCCGGACACGCAGCAGGUCUCCACUCAAGACCUGAACGAAGCCGUCCCAGAGACAGAACGUCUGGAUUCGAAAGCCCAGAAGACCCGAGCCCAGCUCUCCGUGAAGAACAAACGGCAGAGGCCGUCCCGGAGCCGACUGUACGACAGCGUCAGCUCCACAGACGGGGAGGACAGCGUGGAGCGCAAGACCGGCGCCUUGGGGCGGGCACAGGCCACGGUCCCCUCUGCCAGCCUUGCUGACCUGCCAAAGGAAGCCCCAUGGCCAGCCGCGGGCACAUCGGCCACCUUGCCGCUGUUUCGGGGGAAGCGCUUUCCUCCGCUCUCCUUCAAAGCCCGCUCCUUCCCAUCGAUCGGCCGCCAUCGAGAAGGCGGCCCCAGGAAAAGGGUCUCCAGAGCCAGGCUGCAGAGUGUGGAGCCUGAGCCGCCUCCCGCAGCGCAGCCACCCCCACGGCCGCUCCACGCUCCUUUCUCGUGGUUUAGUGCCCGCGGAAAAGGACCCCACGGCUCCCGAAAUCAGCCGGCGCCCGCCACUGCCCCGGAGCCCCCUCCCGGGCAGCUAAGCUCAGAUAAGAAAGGGUCCAAGAACUUCCCCCUCCCUGACGAUUUCAGCCCCAGCAGCACGAGCUCUGCGGACCUCAGUGGCCUCGGGCCGGAGCCCAAAGUUCCGGGCCUGUCCAGAUCCCUGGCCCUGUCCUCUGACGAGAGUCUGGAUAUGAUUGACGAUGAGAUCCUGGACGAGGGCCAGUCCCCCAAGCACAGCCAGGGCCAGGGCCGGGCGGUGCGGGAGUGGAGCGUGCAGCAGGUGGCCCAGUGGCUGCGGAGCCUCAACUUGGAGCAGUACGUGGCUGAGUUUAGCACCCAGAGCGUCAGUGGGGAGCAGCUUCUGCAGCUGGACGGCAGUAAGCUCAAGGCCCUCGGGGUGACGUCAUCGCAAGACCGAGCCCUCAUCAAGAAGCAGCUCAAGGACAUGAAGGCGGCCCUGGAGAAGGCCCGCAAAGCCCAGGAGAAAAUGGAGAAGAGGGGAGAAGUGGGAGGAAGGGAGAGCAGAGGAAAGUGGAGGGGAGGCCCUUCCCGAGUAGGGCGGAGGAGUGAGGGGGAAAAGCGGGAUGGACAGGGAGGAGCCCUCCGGGCAUCGGGCGGGGCCUGGAGCCCCUUGGAGAAGGAAGCCGCAGCCAGGGCCCACACGGGAUACAAUUUCUGGUCUUUGGGGCUGCCCCGAGUGGGGCUCCUUCAUUUCCUCGCUGCCAGUCUCGAGCACUGCCAUAAGAGCCCAGGUGGGGACAGAGCCCCUCGGGCUGCUGCAUCUGGCUUGGAUCGGUUGUUGGGCCCCCAGCCCUCUUGGCUGGAUUCAUGUUCCUUUGGGGGAGUCACUGCAGUCUCCCCACUGGCUGAGGAGCCUUGA